AUGUCGCGCGCUGCGAUGAUAUCGUCGUCAGCUUCGUCCUCUGUAGCCAUGAGAAACCCUAGCUUGUCCUUCUCUUCGUCCCCGAGACUCUUCAAUGGAGUGCCUGUUGGGAACCGUGUUUCGUUCUCCGUUCGCUUUAGUCACACUUCGUUGCGAUGCUACGCUUCGUCCCCCGGCUUUGAUAAAAUUCGGGUUCAGAAUCCUAUUGUUGAAAUGGACGGUGAUGAAAUGACGAGGAUCAUAUGGAAAACGAUUAAAGAUAAACUUAUCUUUCCCCAUCUGGAUUUGGAUAUAAAGUAUUAUGAUUUAGGAAUUUUGAACCGUGAUGCUACUGAUGACCGAGUUACAGUGGAGAGUGCUGAAGCCGCUCUUAAGUACAAUGUUGCCGUGAAAUGUGCUACAAUAACUCCUGAUGAGACCAGAGUGAAGGAGUUUGGGCUGAAAUCAAUGUGGAGGAGUCCCAAUGGCACAAUUAGAAACAUUCUAAACGGUACUGUUUUCCGUGAACCUAUCCUAUGCAGAAACAUCCCUAGAAUAGUUCCUGGUUGGAAAAAACCCAUAUGUAUUGGUAGGCAUGCCUUUGGUGAUCAGUAUCGAGCCACUGAUACAGUUAUUAAGGGGCCGGGAAAGCUUAAAAUGGUUUUUGUCCCAGAAGGAGGGGAUGCCCCUGUGGAACUUGAUGUUUAUGAUUUCAAAGGGCCUGGUGUGGCCCUUUCUAUGUAUAACGUUGAUGAGUCUAUUCGAGCUUUUGCUGACUCGUCAAUGUCGUUCGCAUUUUCCAAGAAGUGGCCACUAUACUUGAGCACCAAAAACACAAUUCUUAAGAAAUAUGAUGGCAGGUUUAAGGACAUAUUUGAGGAGGUUUAUGAUGAGAAGUGGAAGCAGAAGUUUGAAGAAAACUCUAUAUGGUAUGAACAUCGGCUAAUAGAUGACAUGGUGGCUUAUGCACUCAAAAGUGAGGGUGGUUAUGUUUGGGCUUGCAAAAAUUAUGAUGGAGAUGUCCAAAGUGAUUUGCUUGCUCAAGAUGGGAAGACAAUAGAAGCUGGAAGCAGCUCAUGGGACAGUAACUCGUCAUUUUCGGUUACAUCAAAAUGGACAAGAAACCAGUACAAACAGUAUUGCUUCAAUAUUUGCAUGGACACGAGGCUUAGAGCACAGUUGGAGGCUGCAUGCAUUGAGACAGUGGAGGCAGGAAAAAUGACCAAGGAUCUUGCCAUUUUGACCCAUGGUUCCAAGGUAUCGAGGGAGUUCUACUUGAACACCGAAGAAUUUAUUGACGCUGUCGCAAAGAAUGUUGAGCAAAAGCUUCUGGAACCUGCUGUGGUUUAA